UAAACCCAUCCACCAAGGCUCUUAAUGGUAGAAUCUAAUCCCCAAGUUUAAAGAAAACAAAACAGUAAACACGCUUUUCUUCCUAAGCCCUCUUUCUCUCCUUUCCGAUCAAUUCAACAAAAUCAAGAUUUAUCAAUCAUCGGAUUUAGGGCAGAACUAUUGUGAAUUUUAAGAAUGUUUUUCUCGGGUGAUCCUUCGACGAGGAAGCGAGUCGAUUUGGGUGGACGCAGCUCUAAAGAACGUGACCGACAGAAGCUUCUAGAACAGACUCGUUUAGAGCGCAACAAACGCAACCUCUUGCGUCAGCAAAACUCAGCCGCUAUCAAAAUUCAGAAAUGCUUCAGAGGUAGAAAGGAGGUGGAAGCUGAACGUUCUAAAGUUCGUGAGAAUUUUUUAAAAACAUAUGGGAAGCGCUGCCACCCUGUUGACAGGCAGUGUUUCGGUCCAGAUUCAGAUUUUCUGCGUCAGCUACUUUUUUUUUUCAAUCCAACAUACACUACUGAUGUUUCUGUCCUUGUGGAGACAUGCCGAUCGCUACUAGAGUUUGUUCGAGAUAGCGGGGAUAUUGUUAGCCUCUUUGCUGGUACGGAGUACGCUUCCAAUCCUGCCUUGGUGAGAUGCAGAGUAAAGAAAUAUGUUCAUGCUUGUAUUCGGGCUGUUUAUGGGAACAGGAAUAAGUUGAGAGAUCAACUUUUUAUGGAAUCUGAGAAGUCCUGUACAUCAGCAAUACUCUUGUUGGAUGCAGUUACAUUGUUGAUUGAUUUAAGACUUCCUUGGGCUUGCAGCACUGUCACCUAUCUUCUUCAAAGUAAUAUAUAUUCCUUAUUUAGGGAAAUUGUUCUGAUUGGCAAGGAAAGAAGCUUUCCAGCUUCCAACAGGGUUGUAUCUUCAUUCGAGCAUGUGCUUGCACUAAUUACAUCUCAUAUUGGUCAAAGCACUUGUACUUGCCCAAGUGUUGACCCAAAGUGUUGCUUCCCAUCCCAGAUUCUUACAAUUCCAUUUUUAUGGCGGUUUUUCCCUCACCUAAAAGAGGUCUUUGCAAGUCCAUCAGUGAGUCGUCAUUAUUUUCAUCAGAUGACAUUAUGCAUGAAAGACCAUAUUAAUGUCCUCCCUCCUGAUAUAGCGAUCGAUCUACCUGGAUACGCUAUCCUUCUUGGGAAUCUGUUGGAAGUUGUUGGACCUGCUUUUGCUCAGCCAGAAUCAUUCACUAUGGCGGUUGAUUUUGCAACAGUUGCGACUUUUUUGUUGAAAGCACUCCCUUCUCUCCAAUCAUCAAAUAUGGGAAGUAAAGAAAUGUCUGAGGAUGACAUGGUCAUUGAUGAUGAACAAACAGAAAAAGUUCUGAAUUUGGGUUUGGAGCAACAGAUAACCAAUGCUAUCGAUGCACGUUUUCUUCUACAGCUGACUACUGUUUUACUGGGAGGGUUUUCACCUCUAAAUGGUUCACAUAGUGGCCAGUUUGAUGAGAAACAUGUGGCAGCUGUUAGUGCAGUUUGUGCUUUCCUUCAUGCGACUUUCAACAUUUUGCCGCUUGAACGUAUUAUGACUGUACUAGCCUAUCGGACAGAACUAGUUCCUGUCCUUUGGAACUUCAUGAAACAAUGUCAUGAAAAUCAGAAAUGGUCAUCCUUGUCAGAGCAAUCACCAUAUUUGCCAGCAGAUGCUCCUGGAUGGCUAUUACCUUUAUCUGUUUUCUGCCCAGUUUAUAAGCAUAUGCUUAUGAUUGUCGAUAAUGAGGAGUUCUAUGAACAGGAGAAGCCAUUAUCGCUGAAGGAUAUCAGAUGUUUGAUUGUUAUCCUUAGACAGGAAACUACUGUGGUGAUUGUUAGAGGAAGCACUGCAGUGAUAGGAUUAGCUUCUGUUCACAUCAGGUCGGUCAGUGCCUUGUGGCAGCUCCUCUGGUCGAAUCCUACGGUGCCUACUAACUUUGGUAAAUCACCAACUGAUAUCUUUGCUAUGAAGAAGCAUCCAUUAGAGUUCCUUCAGCAUAGGGUUUGUGUUGUAGCGUCUGAACUCCUAUCACAGUUACAAGAUUGGAACAACAGACGGCAAUUUACACCUCCUAGUGAGUUUCAUGCUGAUGGUGUAAAUGAGUAUUUCAUAUCUCAGGCAAUGAUGGAGAAUACUAGAGCCAAUGAUAUACUAAAACAAGCUCCAUUCCUGGUGCCAUUUACUAGCCGAGCUAAAAUAUUUACUUCACAGCUAGCUGCAGCAAGAGAAAGGAAUGGGAGCUCUGGUCUUUUUGCUAGGCAUAGAUUCAGAAUUAGAAGAGACCAAAUUCUGGAAGAUGCUUUUAACCAAUUGAAUGCAUUGUCGGAGGAGGAUCUCCGUGGAUUGAUACGUGUGACUUUUGUCAACGAGCUUGGAGUUGAGGAAGCUGGUAUAGAUGGUGGUGGGAUAUUCAAGGAUUUCAUGGAGAACAUUACUCGAGCAGCUUUUGAUGUACAAUAUGGAUUAUUUAAGGAAACUGCGGAUCACCUACUCUAUCCAAAUCCUGGAUCUGGGUUGAUUCAUGAUCAACACCUCCAGUAUUUUCAUUUUCUGGGGACAAUUCUUGCUAAGGCAAUGUUUGAAGGCAUCCUCGUUGAUAUUCCAUUUGCGACAUUCUUUUUGAGCAAGUUGAAGCAAAAGUAUAACUAUUUGAAUGAUCUUCCUUCCUUGGAUCCAGAAUUAUAUCGCCAUCUCAUCUUCCUGAAGCAUUACGAAGGUGAUGUUUCGGAUCUUGAGUUGUACUUUGUCAUUGUCAAUAAUGAAUAUGGGGAGCAAACUGAAGAAGAGCUGCUUCCUCGUGGGAAAAGCAUACGUGUGACUAAUGAGAAUGUCAUCACCUUUAUUCAUCUUGUUGCCAACCAUCGUUUAAACUUUCAGAUCCGUCAACAAAGUUCUCAUUUUCUGAGGGGCUUCCAACAGCUAAUACAAAGGGAGUGGAUUGACAUGUUUAAUGAACAUGAACUUCAGCUUCUUAUUUCUGGAUCACUUGAUGGCAUUGACAUUGAUGACCUUCGAGCUCAUACCAAUUAUACAGGAGGUUACCAUAAGGAACACUAUGUUAUCGAUAUGUUUUGGGAGGUUGUGAAAAGCUCUUCUUUGGAAAAUCAGAGAAAAUUUCUGAAGUUUGUGACUGGGUGUUCACGAGGACCCUUGCUCGGAUUUAAAUAUUUGGAGCCUUUGUUCUGCAUACAGAGAGCGGGUGGGAAUGCUUCUGAUGAAGCUCUUGAUCGUCUGCCGACAUCAGCUACUUGCAUGAAUCUUUUAAAAUUUCCGCCAUACAGAAGCAAAGAGCAGAUGGAGCAGAAAUUGUUAUACGCCAUAAAUGCUGAUGCUGGUUUUGAUUUAAGCUGAUGGAAUUAUCUGUGCACGCUAUUUCUGAGUAUCCUGUUUCUACCUGAAGCAGCUUCAGUUCUUCAUUGUCAUAAAGGCAAAAAAUCGAAUGGUACGAUUUGUGCACCACCAUGGCCGCCUACUGGAAAGGAACUGCUAAUUGUUAAACAGUCAAUAUAUAGUCAAGAAGCAUGUGUAAAUAAGAAUCCAUUACCUGCCCCUUGGCUAGAUGUGCAUACAUACCCCAGGUGCAAUGUAUAUCAUCCUCUGGGAAGUGAAUGGCAUGCAUGCUAGGCAUUUCAAGCUCAUUGAAUACCGAGGCUGUAAUUAAAUGUUAGUUUGAAACCCGGGGAAGCUUAUAUGUUAGGAUGAUCAUAGUUUCCGGAAGUUUUGUUGUCAAUCAUUUGUAUCCAUUGUACAAGUUUAUGCAUCUCAUUUUAACACGAGGUGUCAACUGCAGCUAGAUGUAAUGUCCUUGAACGGAUAGCUUGUACAGUAAUAUAUUCUUCACUGAUUA